AGGAGGGCACCGAGCCUCUGGGGGUGCCCACGGUGCCGUACACCUCCUCGGGGGGUAUCGUGCGGUGCAAGAGCUGCAGGACGGCCCGCGCCGCGCCGCAGGGGGACAAGGGCCGCAGGUGGACCUGCAACCUGUGCGGCGCCUCGCAGGUGACGCCCGACGAGUAUUUCGCCAACCUGGACGAGACUGGCAAGAGGAUGGAUCGCUACCAGAGGCCCGAGCUCUGCAGAGGCGCCAUCGAGUACAUCGCCCCUGGAGAGUACAUGGUGAGGCCGCCCCAGCCGCCGGUGUUCGUGUUCGCCAUCGACGUGUCGUACACCGCCGUGGUCACCGGCAUGCUCGACUCCGUGGUGGGCAGCAUCAAGGAGGCCAUCCUGUCGGGCAAUAUGCCCGGCGGCAGCAGGGCGCAGAUGGGCAUCAUCACUUUCGACACCACCCGACCCUCCACUUCUACAACCUCAGCUCGAGCCUGAGCCAGCCGCAGAUGUUGGUCGUCGCGGACCUGGAGGACGUCUUCGUGCCCCUGCCCGACGACGUCCUCGUCCCGAUCCAGGAGCAGCGAGUCGUCGAUACUGGCUCUGCUCGACGCCCUGCCGCAGAUGUUCCGGGACACGAGGGUGAACGAGUCGUGCAUGGGCUCCGCGGUGCAGGGGGCGUACGCCGCCAUGAAGCACAUCGGCGGGAAGCUCCUGGUCUUCGGCGCUUGCAUCCCCAGCGUGGGGCAGCUGCCGCUCAAGUCCACGCGCGACAACCCGAGGCUGCUGGGGACCGAGAAGGACCGGUGGAGCUCCUGCGGCCCGUCAGCGACGGCUACAAGGACCUGUCCACCGAGCUGACGAGGGCACAGGUGUCUGUGGAGCUGUUCCUGGCGCCGCAGGCUUACGUCGACCUCGCCUCCAUCGCGCCCCUCGCGAAGUUCACCGGCGGAGACGUCCGCUACUACCCCGGCUUCCAGCUGGCGACGUCGGGCGUGAAGUUGAGAAAGGAGCUGUAUCACGUGCUCACGCGCUACAUGGGCUGGGAGGCGGUCAUGCGGAUCCGCGUCAGCCGCGGCUGGAAGAUCACCAAGUUUUACGGGCAUCUCUUUAUCCGAGGCCAGGACCUGCUGGUCGUUCCCAACUGCCACGCGGACCAGACGUUCGCAGUGUCCAUCGACGUCGAUGCGGAGCAGACGCCCGAGCCCGUCUGCUGCCUCCAGAGCGCGCUGCUCUACACCAACUCCAACGGCGAGCGCCGCAUACGCGUGAACACCUGGGCCGCGCUCACCACGCCGACGUAUACUGACAUCUACGGCUCCAUUGACGUGCAGGCCAUGAUCACCAUGCUGUCGCACCAGGCGCUGGAGCACUCGUUGGCGGUCAACCUCGCCGAGGGACGCAACAAGUUGCAAAUGCUGUGCCAGCAGGUCAUUCAGGCUGGCUCGGUGUGCCCCACUUCGGAGGCGCUCCAGUUCUUGCCAUUGUACAUCAUGGGAAUGCUGAAGUCGGAGGCCUUCAAGCCGACAAACGACAUAUCUUUUGACAGGCGCGUCUACAUUUGGAUGCGAUUGGAGACGUUGUGCGUCUCCCAGCUUGCGGCGUACUACUAUCCGCGGAUGAUGGCGCUGCACAAUGCCCCCGAUAGUUGCGCCACGCUCGAUGAGAAUGGCCACUGCACGCUCCCGGAGAUGAUGAACCUCACUAGCGAGAGCAUGACUCAGGACGGGGUCUUCCUGUUGGAGGACGGCGACAUGAUGAUGAUGUGGAUUGGCGCAAACGUGGACGCCGCUUUCUUGCAGGGCCUCUUCGGAAUUGGCUCUUUCGGCGAGCUGAACUCCGAUGCGGCUUGCGCCAUCGAGGAGCACCUCGAGCAACGAUCCGACGCCCUGUCCAGCAGGAUAAGGAACAUCCUCCGAGAGGUCCGCAUCGAGCGCCCGCUGCCAUGGAUGCAGCUCCACGUCAUUAAGCAGGGCGAGCCCAAGGAGAGGAGGUUCUUCGAUUCGCUGAUCGAGGACAGGACCUCUGGUGUCCAGUCUACGUACACCGAGUUCCUGCAGCGGCUGGGCUAUCGCGCCCCGUCGGCCGCGCCCCCGGCGCAGCCGGGCGGGGCCCUGGGCGCCCCAGGCGCAAUGGCGCCCCCGAUGGGGAUGGCCGCCCCAGGCGCGAUGGCGCCCCCGAUGAUGCGGCGCUGAGGGCUCUCGCGCGCGGCUCGGGCGUGGUCGUCGUCGCCGUUUUUGUCGUCGUUGUCAGAGGAGGUUCCCACGACGCUGGCGGGCCUGGGCACGAUCGCACGAUCGCACGAUGGCAUUUUCCACUUCCCAGGGCCGAGGCCCCUCCGCGCGGCGCGCGUCGGUGCGGAGUCCGCGCUAUGCCGGGCUGCAUCGCUCCGGGCCCGGAUCUCCCGCGAAGUGGUGGCAGCGCGCUUCCCUCCCCCUCCUCCUUCCCCUCCUCCUCCACCUCCUCCUCCC